AUGGGUGACCCCAGGUGUUCCAAUUCGUCCCCUGUAUCACUUUCGCAAAUAUCCAAAACAUCUCUCCGAUCAAUCAGAGAAUACUCACGAUACCCUGUACAUCGGGGUCUCCGAGUCGUCACUUCCAUUGCUCACCUCGGCGGCGGGGAGGGGUCACAAGUUAACGAGGUAUCUGAUAUUAGUUCUUACUUCGAUAGCGAAGACCCUGAAUGUGGAUUCUCGCCAUAUUGCGAAGGUGGAAUUGCGGUCGAGUUUCCUACUAUUGACGAAAAAGAGGAUGACGACGCACUCCACAGCCCGGAUGCGGAUGAGGGGGUGAGACCUAGUUACAAAAAAAUGGCUAUUGUUAUCUUCACCUGUGCGACCUUUGUCUCUGGGCUGUUCAUAUUGUUUAUUGUGUGGCCAGUCUUGACAUAUGGUGGGUAUGGAUUAUUGGGGGGUGGUUACGGUAAAGGAGGCUCCCUAACAGAACAACCUUUAUCAGAUUCAGAUCAUCCACUCCUCCGCAAUGUGAGGAGCACGCUGAUUGACCCGCACACCCCAGAAUCUGCCCUCACGCGAGGUUCAGUUUUUGGGAAAGGGAAUCUGAAGCUUGUUUUCAGCGACGAGUUUAAUAAAGACGGAAGGUCAUUUUAUGAGGGUGAUGACCCUUUCUGGCAAGCUGUAGAUCUCCAUUAUGCAGUUACCCACGAUCUUGAAUGGUAUGACCCGGAUGCUGUAACGACCAGAGAUGGUACUCUUCAGAUGCGACUGGACGUGUUCAGAAACCAUGACCUAAACUACCGGUCUGGAAUGAUCCAGAGUUGGAAUAAACUAUGUUUCAAAGGGGGCGUUCUUGAAGUUUCUGUCUCCCUUCCCGGCCCACCGAGUGUCCCAGGGCUCUGGCCCGGGAUUUGGACAAUCGGGAAUCUCGCACGUCCCGGAUAUAGUGCGACAACUGAGGGCGUUUGGCCUUAUUCUUACAAUAAAUGUGAUCUGGGUAUCACUCCAAACCAAACCAGCUUUGAUGGGUUAUCGUCCCUUCCGGGCCAGAAGCUUGCUAGCUGCGUUUGUGAGAGCGAGGACCAUCCUAAUCCUGGGACUGGGCGUGGCGCGCCUGAAAUCGACGUUCUGGAGGCAACUGCGGAUGGAGACCUGAAUUCCGGCGCCGUCACACAAUCAUACCAAGUGGCCCCAUUCGACACUUGGCACAAGCCAGAUUACGACUACCUAGCUAUCAAUAACCCUAACGUCACGAAGAUAAAUGAAUGGAAGGGAGGCCCCUUCCAACAAGCUAUCAGCGGUAUGCUAGUGAAGUCUAAUCUGUAUCAAAAGUAUUCCUUUGAAUACAUACCGGGGGAGGAGGAUGGUGCAAUUGCGUGGUUUGUGGGAGACGAGGAAACUUUCCGUGUACUUGGACCUGCCAUUGGGUCAAAUGGUAAUAUUAGUCAGCGGGAGAUAUCCCGUGAGCCAAUGUCUAUCGUCAUGGAUUUAGGAUUCAGUGCCUCUUGGAGUUGGACGGGCCAGGCGGACUCGAGACCCAUGCUUGAGGAAGGGGUGACCCUGUAUAUUGAUUACGUUCGCGUUUAUCAGCAAGAGGGCGAGGAGUCUAUUACUUGUGACCCACCUGGUUAUCCCACCACAGAUUACAUUGCGAAGCACCCAAAGGCGUAUACUAAUUUAAGUUUUACCGCAUGGGGUGACACUGGUUACCCGUGGCCUAAGAGCAAGAUGGUGCAUGGGUGUUAA